AUGAUUAACAAGCACUUCUUUGAAAUUGUGUUGGUGGGGCUGGCCUCUUCCACUAUCUUCUCUCUAGAAUUGAAAUUGGUUCUCUUUCAGCAGAGAAGAGUGAACAGAGAGAGUAUAAAACUCUUAAAUGAAUUGCAAACCUCAUCGGUUCAGCAGUGUCUACCACACCGGAAAAACUUCCUGCUCCCUGAGAAGCCAGUGAGUCCACAGCACUACCAGGAAGGACAUGCACUGGCCCUGCUCCAUGAGACACUGCAGCAGAUCUUCAACCUCUUCAGGGCAAAUAUUUCAGUGGAUGGUUGGGAGGAAAGCCACGUGGAGAAGUUUCUCAUUGAACUGCAUCAGCAGCUGGAAUACCUAGAAGCUCUCACGGGACUGGAAGCAGAGCAGAGAAGUGGGACUGUGGGUAUUGAGAAACUCAGGUUACAGGUUAAAAUGUACUUCCGAAGGAUCCGUGAGUACCUGGAAAACCAGGAAUACAGUAGCUGUGCCAGGACCAUCGUCCAAGUCGAAAUCAAUCGGUGUCUAUUGUUUGUGUUCAGACUCACAGAAAAGCUGAGCAAACAAGGAAUGAGCCCUUGA